AUGGAGCAGCAGCCGCUGGGGAAGCUGGCUCCGGCGCAGCCGCACGGCGCGUCCAGCCUGCGACCCGCGCAUCUCGGCCCUGCUCCGGGCGAUGCGGCCCCCGUGAAGCGCAAGAGGGGCCGCCCUCCCGGCGCCAAGAACAAGAAGACGGCCGCACGCGAGGCGGCGGAGGACGAGGCGGAGCGACGGCUGCGACGCAACGCGGCGCUCAUGGCGGAGGUGAUGUCGGCGGAGGGUGCGUCGGAAUCAAAAUCGACAUCCGCCGGCGAGGAGGAGAACUCGCGCGAGGAACGACUGAGGGCGGCGUUAGCGGCGGCGACGGCCGGAGACACGCGCCCCGCGGCGGCGCGCGCGGAGGACGGGAGGGACGACGCGUUCGCGGCGCUCCUCGCGCGGGUCGACGACGCGGCCACCGCGGAGGACGCGCGCACAGCUGUGGCGGCGUUUCGAGAGCGAUUCGAACAAACGGCGGCGGCGGGUCGUCGCGGGAAGGCGCGCGUCACGGGCGCCGCGACGCUGCGGAGGGUACAGGGCGGCGCCGACGUUCCGCGCGGGUGGACCGCCACGUCCGUCUCGCUCUAGCACCAGGCGGUCAGGACGCGAGUGCGGUAGUUUUUAAGUUAGUGGCGUAAGAGUAGUUGAAAGGUAAAUUGGAGA